CCGGGGGGCGGCGGCACGAUGAGUCCGCGCUCCUGCCUGCGCUCCCUGCGCCUCCUGGUCUUCGCCGUCUUCUCGGCCGCCGCCAGCAACUGGCUAUACCUGGCCAAAUUGUCCUCGGUGGGCAGCAUCUCUGACGAGGAGACAUGUGAGAAGCUGAAAGGGCUGAUCCAGCGGCAGGUGCAGAUGUGCAAAAGGAACCUGGAGGUGAUGGAUUCAGUGAGGCGCGGGGCGCAGCUCGCCAUUGAAGAGUGUCAGUACCAGUUCCGAAACCGACGGUGGAACUGCUCGACUCUGGACAGCCUGCCUGUCUUCGGAAAGGUGGUGACACAAGGGACCCGAGAAGCCGCCUUCGUCUAUGCCAUCUCCUCUGCGGGCGUAGCCUUUGCUGUAACCCGGGCCUGCAGCAGUGGGGAGCUGGACAAGUGUGGCUGUGACCGGACCGUUCAUGGGGUCAGCCCGGAGGGCUUCCAGUGGUCAGGUUGUUCAGACAAUAUUGCCUACGGAGUGGCCUUCUCCCAGUCUUUUGUGGACGUCCGAGAGAGAAGCAAAGGGGCCUCCUCCAGCCGGGCUCUUAUGAACUUACACAACAACGAGGCUGGGAGAAAGGCCAUCCUGAACCACAUGCGGGUGGAAUGCAAAUGCCAUGGGGUGUCGGGCUCCUGCGAGGUGAAGACCUGCUGGAAGGCUAUGCCCCCUUUCCGUAAGGUGGGCCACGUGCUCAAGGAGAAAUUUGACGGGGCCACGGAGGUGGAGCAGCGGCGGGUGGGGUCCUCCAAGGCCCUGGUGCCCAGGAACUCCCAGUUCAAGCCGCACACGGACGAGGAUCUGGUGUACCUGGAGCCGAGUCCGGAUUUCUGCGAACACGAUGCCCGCAGCGGCGUGCUGGGCACCUGGGGCCGGCAGUGCAACAAGACCUCCAAGGCCAUUGACGGCUGCGAACUGCUGUGCUGCGGCCGGGGUUUCCACACCUCCGAGGUGGAAGUGGUGGAGCGCUGCAGCUGCAAAUUCCACUGGUGUUGCUUUGUCAAGUGUAGGCACUGCCACCGGCUGGUGGAAACGCACACCUGCCGGUGAUGGGCUCCGCGGGCCACCCCCGGGACGGAGACAAAGGAACAGAGAGAUGGUGGAUGGAGGGGGGAGAUAAUUUAAAAGCCGCCAUUCCCCCGGCCCCCAAAAAGAUGCUGGUUGUAUUUUUUUUUAAUGUCUUCAUAGUAUUUAUUACAGAGGUCAGAGGCCCAGACCCGGGGCAUGCCCUGAUCCCGCCUCUCACCAGCUGAUCAGAAGGACCCCAGCCCCGCAGUAAGCCUCCUCACGCUAGUGUUUUCUGUGCCUGUUGUCGAUGCACACUUUUCAGACUUUCAGGGAGAAACAAUGACCACACUGGCAGAGCGACCACACUCCCUGAUGGGUCUGUGGGGAAGGGAAGCCCCCUAGCCCACUGGGCUUCCUUGAGGAGCCAAGAACAGCCAGGUGGAAGCAGCUCAGGAGACCACCCUCAGAAAGUGGUUGUGCUCACUCCCCUCCUUCCUGUCUCAGAGGCCUCCGGAGGGGCCAAAGGAGCCUUGUUGGGUGAUAAUGACCCAGAUCUAGGAACCUCCAGGCUGAGCAGAUGGAGCAUCGAAUAACUGAUACCAUCCCAAAAUCACAGUGUCAGGCUUGGAAGACACCUAAAGGAUCAUUGAGUCUAAUGCCCUCCUUUUACAAAGAAGGAAACUGAGGUCCAGGAAAUGACUUGUCCAAGGUCACACAGUGAGUGACAAAGCCAGGGGUAGAAGCCAGGUCUCUUCAUUCGAAGCCCAAGGAUUUCACUGCCCCUCAACCCCCACAAAACUACUGACCUACUGACCCAGAUGAAGCGGGACCCUAGAGAGGGAACGUCAGGGUGUCCACCCUGGAGGCAGAGCUGGUAGCAACCCCAAUCCUGUCCUACAGCCUCUCCCAUCCAAACCUUCCCCGUCAUCAGCACAUGUUCCUACCAGAGGUAAAAAGAGGUGAGAGGAAUCUCAGAAACCUGGUCCUGCACGUUCAGUUUAAAAAUGAGGAGACUGAGGCCUGCAAAGGUCAAGCUACUUUCCCAAGUUCACACGGAAGAAUCAUCAUUCAUAGCUUAGAGACUUGGAUCCUUUCUAAGGUGCUUUUCCAACAAAUCGGAAGCAAAGGGAGGAGGUAGCAUCAGCCCUACUCAAAGACAGGGAAGCAGGGGUGCAGGAAGGGCCUCUUGCCACAGUGAGUCAGUGCCAGGGACACCUGUCUCCUGAUUUCUAGUCCUUCAGUCAUUUCAGUCAUGUCUGACUCUUCAUCACCCCAUUUGGAGGUUUUUUUGUCAGAUACUGGAAGAAUUUGCCAUUUCCUUCUACAGCUCAUUUUACAGAUGACAAAACUGAGGCAAACUGGGUGAAGUGACUUGCCCAGAGUCACACAGCUACUAAAUAUCUGAGGCCAGAUUUUAACUCAGGUCUUCCUGACUCUAGGCUCAGCACUCUACCCACUAUGCCACUGGUCCUAAACUCUCCAUUAUACCCCAAAGCUUGGGCAUGGGCCCUCUGGGCCAGUCCUAAAGAGGCAAAGGAUGGCGGGGGACAACUGGUGCCCCGCAAAGGUAGGGAACCAAAGAAUACACUAAAGCCUGGGGUACCCUCAAGCCCCAGAUUGGGGGAGAAAGGUUUGCAUGAAAGAUUGACCAUGGUUCCCGAGGGCUGUAUUUGAAGCCCACUCACCCACCAAUACCUACGGCCUACUUGGGAGACUGGGCCCCCCAUUCUCUUUGCCUCCCCUAUAUCUCUGGGCUGUGGGAGGGCUGCACUCAAGCUUAAGGCCUCCAAGGAGAUGACCCUUUCCAAGUGGUCAGCAUCUGUCCCUCUGCCAAGUAUUCUGUCUGGCCCCUUGGCUCCCCCUCCAUGUCCUUCUCUUGGGGUGAAGCAGGACAACAAGGGAAGGAAUGAGCCAGCCAAGAUCAUCCUUUACUGAGCGCUGACUCCCUUCUAGGUAAAAGAAAAAAAGUGGGACAGGUUAGUACCCAUCUGAGCCAGGGCUGAGAUGGUCCUUGGCCUAGGGAACAUGGGGGAAGGAGGAACACUUUCCAGGGAACUAGGGCACAUCCGAGAUGUGAGAACUCAGCUGGGCUGUUCUCUUCCCUUCAAUGUCCCUAACCCCCCUGCCCCUGCCCACAAAGAGCAGUGGGGUUCUCCAUAUACUUCAGUGGGAGCACUCACAAUAGACCCCAGCCCAUCCCUGUUGAAGGGGCUAUUUGAGAAGGAUGACUCCCUGGGAACUGCACCUUAAAGAGGACAAACCCAAAACAAAACCCUUUCCAAACCUGGGCCCCUCUCCUCACUUCUUUUUCCAGGACUCAGGCCUCCCAGCUCUGCCCCAGGCUGGGCCAUAGGAUAUCAGAGCCGUAAAGGGCCUUAAAUAUACACUAUCAGAACUGGGAGGGGCCUCAGAACUUAGAACGUCUGAGCAGGAAGGCCUUUUGCCCUCUCUGUUUUACAGAAGAGGAAACUGAGGCCAGAGAGAAGCAAUUUAUUUAGCAGAAGUCACAGAGCAAAGAAGAGUCCCAAGCUUGGCCCAGGAUGCCUGUGACUGAAGUCUCUAAUUCUAGGUUUGGGGGCUUUGAACUGCUUGUUCUCAGCUCUGGACUUGGGUGUGUAGGAAGAGUCUUCCCAGGGCCUUGCGGUUUCCCUCCCCAUGUUUCCCAGCUUGCUCAGGGAGGGUCAGCAACCUCAGGCCCUGGGCCAAGUUUUCUGCUCAUUGUCCAUGUAGGAAAGAGGCCAAAGCUGAAGGAGAUGCUGCAGAUAGAUGCUCUUGGUGCGGGGCCCUGGCUCGGAUGUGGAUGAAAGAUGAGCUGUGUAAAUGUCACUGCAACAUCCGAGCCCCCCUCGGCUCGGUCUGGCUCCGCUCAAUUGUCUCCUUCAGCCCCAACAAGGGGCAGGGGGCAGGGAAGGAAUCACUUAUUUAUGGAGAAGCCGGAUGCAGCCAACAGUCAGCCCCUGAGAGGAGGACUUGGGACCUCUCUUCCUUCAGACAAAGGGGUCAGUCCAAUGGGCGCCCCACCCUCCGCACCAAUGAACUCACCAGGAGGUUUUCUAGUUUGGAUCAAAGUCCCCCCUGCCCUGUAGUGUCAUGUGGUUCCCCUGGUGCCCGGACUCCCCUCAGAACCGGGUUAAUCCUGGCUGUUUCUAAGAGUGGAGGCCUGAAGGUGCCUACAACCCCCGUCUCUCCUGAGUACCUGGGGAAAGGAUUGAAGUAGCGCCCUAAAUGGCUGCUGCCUGUGUUCCCUGGGGACCUCAGGAAUGUGCCUGGGUUAGGGAAGAUCUCAAGGGAGAAGGAUCUUCCCCACGCAUAGUCUCAUUUCCCCCCAGCACCCUCCCACCAAUCAAUGAUUCCCUUCGGUACCAACCCAUUUCCCUUACCCUCCACUCUAAUCUCCAGAGUUUGGUCUGAAGCCCCGGGCUGACCUCUGCCCUUCCUUGGAUUCUGAAGCAAUGGUAGCCAGGUCCAGUCCUGCCUGCCCAUUCCUGGGAGCUUCUUUCUCACGAUGUGGCCUGGCUGGGGCUAGUCUGUGCCCUGGAGUCCCAGACCAUUACUCUCUCUCCCCAGCUCUGUUUCUGCAAGCUGGUCCUCUCCAAUCAAGACAUGGUCAGAUUUUCCAAUGACUUCUCAAUAGCCAGUGGGUGUCCACCCCACCAACUGUCCCAUCUGUGCAGACUGGGGGACAAAAUGAAAGGGCCAAGCUGGAGUCCAGGAUACAUCUGUCCACGGGCCUCGGUCCAGCCGAGUAAUUCCUUGUUGUGUUCAAGGAAUUGGCACAAUUUGUCUGAUACCAACCUCCCCCGACCAUGCCUUGUGGAAAGGGGAGGAAGAGAAUGCUCCAUUUCCUGCAAGAGGUACCAUAAACUCUGGAUGCUGCUACCCUCCUCCUGACAUCCCACCUUCUAAGGAUCCCCAAACCUUGUUUUUAGGCUAAAUUGCCAGGCUAAACUGACAAUUCGAAGGGGAGACAGUCGGACUCACAUUGUAGUGGUGUUCACUAUAAAAAUGGUUAUUUCUUUAACUAGGGUGUGUGGCUGUGACUUUGUCAGGGUCUGGGGAUGUGCCAGAACAGAAAACAGGCCUCAGACCUGACCUUGAAGAGUCCUGUCGGGUCUAGACCUGGGCCCGCAGGUCUGGACUGCAGAAUAGAACCCCAGGCCUGGCCUGGAUCAACAAUGGCAAAGAAUCCACCUCGAUGGGACCUGAGUGAGCCUCCUGAAGCAGCUUCAUCCAGCUGCUGAGGCCUGAGAUGCCCUGAGCAUCAUCCUCUGCUUCAAUGCAAAUAACAGCUGUGAGAGGGUGGCCCAGUUAGUGAAGAGAGGUAGUGCAGCAUGCCGGGAUCUCCUGUCUUGUACAAUGAAGUUCUCUCCCCUGCCUCCCAAGCCGAGUGGGACUGGUGGAGGGAGUGCUUGGCCCGAAUCAGUGCUUGUGGCCUGAUUGAUUCAUGUGACAGUGAAGAGCAAUGGGCUUGGCCUCACAAGGCUUAGAUUCCAGUUCCAGUUCUGACACAUAGGAGGCAGGGUGGUACAGUGGGGAUAGUCAGCAAUGAGCAUCAGAAGUGAGAUUUGAACCCAGGUCUUCUGAACCCAGAGCUUAGCCCAGGGUCUGGCACAUAGUAGGUGCUUUAAAACCUGUUUCUUGACUAUUGGCUGAAUGACUCUAGAGCCAGUGACUCCUUUGAUGCAAAAACAAUG